CCCGGGGGCCACAGAGGCCGUGCGCCCAGCUGGCCCGCACCGCGCCAUGGCCUCGCGCGCCCGGCGGCGCCGCCCGCUGACAGUGCUGCUGCAGGCGCUCGGCUUGCUGCUCGUCCCGCUGCAGGUGACCCUCCUGGUGGCUCCUCCAUGCACCCGAGAGAGGCAUUAUGAGCACCUUGGACAGUGUUGCAGCAAAUGCGAACCAGGAAGAUACCUGUCUUCUAAAUGUACGCCUACCUCCGAUAGUGUGUGUCUGCCCUGUGGUCCAGAUGAGUACCUGGACACCUGGAAUGAAGAAGAUAAGUGCUUGCUGCAUAAAGUCUGUGAUGCAGGCAAGGCCCUGGUGGCGGUGGACCCUGGCAAUCACACGGCCCCACGGCGCUGUGCCUGCACAGCUGGCUACCACUGGAGCCCAGACUGCGAGUGCUGCCGCCGUAACAUGGAGUGUGCGCCUGGCUUUGGGGCCGAGCAUCCCUUGCGGCUCAACAUGGACACGGUGUGCACACCCUGCCUCCUGGGCUUCUUCUCAGACGUCUCCUCAUCCACGGACAAAUGCAGACCCUGGACUAACUGUUCCCUCCUUGGAAGACUAGAAGCACAGCCAGGGACGAAUAAAUCAGACGCGGUCUGCAGCUCUUCCCUGACCCUGAGGAAACCACCCAAGGAAGCCCAAAUUUACUUGCCCAGUCUCGUCAUUCUGCUCCUCUUCGUCUCUGUGGUAUUAGUUGCUGCCAUCAUCUUUGGCGUUUACUACAGAAAGGGAUGGAAAGCAUUGACAGCUAAUUUGUGGAACUGGGUCAAUGAUGCUUGCAGCAGCCUAAGUGGAAACCAGGAGUCCUCGGGUGACUGUUGUGUUGGUGCACACUCAGCAACCUCUGGUCAGCAAGAAGCAUGUGAAAGAGUGUUACUAAUGACCCUAGGGGAGAAGAUGUUUCCAGAAGACAUGUGCUAUCUGGAAGGUGGUUCUGGGGUCUGUGAGCCUGUGUGUACAGCAGGUGGGCCCUGUGCAGAGGGUGAAGAUGCCAGGAUGCUCACAUUGGUCAGCGAAGUCGAGAUCCAGGGCGACCUCUCAAGGAAGAUUCCCACAGAGGAUGAGUACGCAGACCGGCUCUCACAGCCCUCUGAUAGUCCGAUGUUCCUGAUCCAGCCUGGGAGCAAAUCCACACCCCCUUUCCAGGAGCCUCUGGAAGUGGGAGAGAAUGACAGUUUAAGCCAGUGUUUCACAGGGACCGAGAGCACGGCUGAGUCUGAAGGCUGCAGCUUCCUUGUGCCCCCAUGCAGAACUGACUGUAUCCCUUUGUCCCCUGAAAAGUACUUGAAAAGAGAAAUAGAGGAUGACAGUUGCCUGCCCUGGGUGGCCAGCUCCAACUCAACAGACGGCUACAAGGGCUCUGGAAAUACUCCUGGGGAGGACCAUGAGCCGCUUCUGAGUUCUCUGAAAUGUGGACCCUUGCCCCAGUGUGCCUACAGCAUGGGCGGCAGCGAAGCAGCAGCCAGUAUGGCAGAGGCAGGAGGACAGCCCCAGGACAGGGCAGAUGCAAAGCUUCCAAGCUCGGAGAGGGGAGCCUUGGGUUCUGGGGGUUCCCCCAGUGACCAGCCACCUGUAUCUGGGAACGUGACGGGAAACAGCAAUUCCACGUUCAUCUCUAGCGGGCAGGUGAUGAACUUCAAGGGCGACAUCAUCGUGGUGUACGUCAGCCAGACCUCGCAGGAGGGCCCGGGCCCUACGGAACCCGAGCCGGAGCCGGAUCCCGUGGGCCGCCCGGUGCAGGAGGAGACGCUGGCGCGCAGAGACUCCUUCGCGGGCACGGCUCCGCGCUUCCCUGACGCGUGUGCCACCGGGGCCGGGCUCCAGGAACAGGGCACGUGCGAGACCAAGGACGGGACAUCGCGGCCAGUGCAGGAGCAGGGCGCGGCGCAGGGCUCACGCCGUACCCUGAGCUCCGGACAAUGUGCAGAAUGACCCCCGAGUUCUCUGCCUGCCCUGGGCGCAGAGCACCAGGGCUUUCACUAAACAGAUGUGUCCUGGCUAUUCACCGCGCACCUCCUCGCUGGGGCAGGCUGCUGGUGUGGUGGCGAAGCCCCUCACUUCCCGUGCCUCUCCCAUAUGGUGUCAUUCAGAUUGGCCUCUUUUUUUUUUUUUUUUUUGGCAACGUUGGUGUCCUGCCUUACUGAGGUCUGUACCCCACCCUAGUAUUUAUAUUUCACUUGCUUUUGUAGUGUGCUUCUUGAUGCUGUCUCUUCUUUCUGUCUCGACUAUUUAAGGGUUUUUGUUUUGUUUUGUAUUUUAUUUUUGACAGUUCUGAAGGUGCUGUCUCCUUUACACUAUUUUGCACUCCGUCCUCCAGUGGUCUGCCAAGGGCUCCUGCCCGUGUCCUCUAAGCACUUUGGGAAUAGGCCAGAUGUGUAAAGCUGGGGACUGAAGUGCAAGAAAUGAGUAGAGGGACUUUUAUUUUCUGGAAAUAUUCUGUGUCUUGGUUUUUUUCUCAAAAGAAGGGAGACCCUGCCCCUCAACAACAACAAGCAAGGUUGUCAGAUUGUAUAGCUAGAUCCUUGAGAACUAAGUUCAGGGUAGGUGGCCUUGUUUUGUACCUGUUUUGUUUUGUUUGUUUCUUGUUUUCUUUUGCCACAGUGACAGGUACUUGGCCACUAAAUCUCAAAAAAAAAAAAAUUCCUAGCCUUUAUGGUUUGGCAUUCUUAAUUUUAAAUGAUUUAAGUGUUGUCUAGAAAAGGUAGAAAAGGUGAAUAGAACAUGGUACCAAAGAAAAAAAAGAAGGUGCCAGGGAAAUUCAAGAAAGAAUGUUGCUGGGCAGCAGUGGCGCGCUUCUUUAAUCCCAGCGCUCGGGAAGCAGAGGGAGGCAGAUCUCUGUGAGUUCGAGGCCAGCCUUGUCUACAAGAGCUAGUUCCAGGAUAGACACCAAAGCUACUGAAAAACCCUGUCUCUGGGAGAAAAAAAGCCCCCCCCCCCAAAAAAAAGAAGAAGAAAAGAAAGAAUGAAUAAAGUCACCAUGCUGGUAUGCAUAGUCUCUUUCUACAGAAGAAUGUCAGAAAUAUAUUCAGGCAGCAGGUCUUUUCUUCCACAGUAUUUGUGCAUGAGUAAUUCGGUUUUAUGGAAGUAAAAAACAGUCCUCUGUGUGUGUGUGUGUGUGUGUGUGUGUGUGUGUCACUCGUGCAUUUAAAUCACAGACCAGGAGAUCUAGAGAGUUGGUUUGCCGUUAAGAAGACUGAGAGCCUGAAUUCAGUACCCAACCCUCCUGGGCAGCCCACAGCUACUGUAACUCCAGCUCCAGGCCUCCACAGGCAACUGCACACAUGUGCAUAUACACACACAAAAUAAAUUCAAAUUUCCAUGACGUGACUGUAAGAAAAUUAAUCAUCCUACAGUGAUUUUCUUUUGGCGUGGCCCUUUUGCAAUGAAGCAGUUAAGACUGAAAUUGGCCACUGGGGUGGGUUUACCACGAGAGCCGGUUCUCAGAUACUGUAGAAGGGCUAAAGCAAGCACUUAAGCAAAUUGCACGCAGCUUUGUAAUCUGAUAGGUUAUGGGCCUGUAAAUAAUGGCCACCGUACAGCUAUGGAUACCCAGCUGAACAGAAGGCCCAUCCAUUGCCGGGGUCUUCCCUCUGACUGCAGUUCCCCUGGGGUCACAGCAGUUGAUUGUGAUUUGAAUGCAGAAGCAGAGAAUGGCUCUGUAACUCAUGGGCUCUUUCUCCGACAUAAAGAGUGCGGGAAAUAAGUGCAGGGCUGGGAUGUGCAGGGAUCAAAGUCUGUUCAUUUCCUUCUGAAGAGAGAUGAGACUCAAUUCAACAAAACCAUCAUACCUUUUAGUGUGGAAUGUAUUAAAUAAACUCCACAAAGUGGGGUGCAGAGCUAAACACCCACAUGCACUGUGACUCUCAGGGUCUCUCUGGACUGACUUCACCUUUGUACUUCCAUUCUUCCCCAUACAAAGCCAAUAAUGAUAACUUAACAUCAUUUUCCUACCCAGAGAUAUCAACAGGAUGCUUCAGUGAAGUUAAAGUACCCUGAACUCCUAAAAUCAAAGUACUAAGGGCAUUAAGAAUCUACUUUGUGGCACGUGGGGGCAGGGAGGGGGGUGUGUGGAUACGGUUCCCCACAGUGAUCCCUGCUAAUGUUGCUAUAUUGGUUCAAAGCCAAUUGAAUGACAGGAAAAACAUGAUGAAGACAGAUAUAUGCAUGUGUGUAGUCAGAUGUUUGUGACAGAUAUAAACAAUAUAAUGAAAAAAUGUUUCAAUGGCAUGGUAAAGAGACUAUUAAACCUUUAUUUGUCCAUAAAAUAUAAUUUUCCAUGUCUUGCUAAAACAAAGCUCAUUACAGAAAUUAUGAUUCAGCCAGGCGCGAUGGUACACUCCUUCAGUCCCAACACUAGGGAGGCAGAAGCAGGCAGAUCUCUGAGUUCAAGGCCAUUGUGGUCUGGUGUUGUUCCUUAGGAUGCUGUCCUAUGUCUUGAGAUAGGGUUUCUCACCGACCUGGAACUAGCUGUUUCAGCCUGGCUGGCCAGUGAGUCAGCAAGCCCCAGAGAGCCGUUCUAUGGCACUGAGUUUACAAGCCCAAGUACUUCCUACAUCUGGCUCUUUGCAGGUGUCUUAAACAGAAAACUCAGGUUAUCUCGUACGUACCAACUGUCUCCCCAGUUUUAAACCAGCUCUUCGUGACAUGCUUGGCAAAGGGGUAAACUUGGGCAAAGGUCUGUUUUCAGUGGAAGAACUGUGAUGUUGAAAUGUUUUUUCUUUGAUGGUCUAAUGGCAUGCGUCCUCCACUCCACUGUCCAUUGACUGAGGCUAUGGGGAACACUGCACACGAGGUGUAUAACUUGCUUUGCAGUUGAGGAUGAAGAACUGCUUUAUAUAGGAAGCUUUGAAUGCUUGGGCCCUGCGUGACCAGAGAAAGAUCCAAAGAGCUGGAGAGCCAGGACCUAAGGAGGACAGAUAGUCAAAGGGGGCUGCAGGAAGGCUGUCUGUGGACUUCCUGAGCCCUAGGGCAGUGAUGACGAGCAGGCCACCUCCCACUUCUAGUGUCUUACCAGAAAAGAGGGGGAACUUGACACUGGGUGGUGGAGUGUCCAGGGGCAGGUCCAGCAAGAGUCUCGCUGGCAUCAGGGAAGCUGAGCUCAGUAAGUUCUGGAAUCCUUGAUAACAGACAUAUAGAAGCCACACCACGUAACUGAUUUUCCAGAUCCCAAAGGUGACAGGGUCACGUGCAUGACCUCAGUGUCUACUGACACCCUCCACCAUGCCUGCCUAUGGCUUUGCUGAGCCAGGCUCUGUCUCUCUCCUUCUGACAGUUAUUUGGGGUCGUUCUUGGUCAACAGUACCCUUCAAUUCCCCUUAGUAAAUUUAACAGUUAGAAAUGCUUCUCAAGGUAAAGGAAAAUGAAAAUUUAAAAAGCUUCAACAAGAUUAUAGCAAGAAGGUAAAAUCACCUAUCCUGUAACUUGUAGCUUCAUUCUGUCCCAAGAGCUGGUGACACAAGCCUUUGUCUAUGUGAGGGAAUACACACCGGCAUUUCCAGUCGGCCUCACUGAAGGCUCAUCUCAUGCAGGUGCCUGGCUUUCUGUCUGUGCUGGGAGAAGACAGCAGUCCAGCAGGUGUGGGGAGAACCCCAGGUGAAGUGCAGCCCCAUCGAACCCAAGUUCUCACAGCACUUUCUCUCGCUGUCCCUCUGAUGCCUGUCUGCUCCUAGACUCAGAAGUCAUGUCGUACUUCAUUCUUUCUUCCUGAGUCAGACCACAUAUCUGGGACGAGCUCUGCCACCCACCACAGACACCUAGCCAUUUCUGAAACUGGGACAGAGGGACACAACUUUCCACAAACAGUUGGCAGGACUAUGCCUCCUAACCCAAGUGCUGUCCCCUGCUGCUGACGUGUACACAGAGGCUAUCUAACUUCAAGUCAUCUUGUUCUGAGAGCCAACAGUUAAAAUGGGCUCUACUGGUCUUUCUGUCAUAGUCAAGACUGGCAAAGAGAGUGAAUACCCACAUGUGGUCGAAGGACUGCGUUGUUUUCAUCUAAGGUGUCUCUCCACGUUCAGGAAGAAUAACAAAGUGGCCAUCAGCUCAGAAGAGGUUAUAGUAGAAAACCAAAUCACUGUGAGAGGGGAUUGGAGUCCAGUAAAAACUUUCAGUGUGGCUUGGGAUUCUGGAUAAAAUGUUUAUGAGUUCCAUCCCCAGAACCCAGGUAGAAUAAAGCCAGGAGUGGGCUCUUGUAGUCAUACUGCUGGUAAAGACUGGCCAAAGCCUGGACCAUUGGUCAGCUAGCGUAGUCUGCCUGGUAAGUUCAGACUUCAAAUGAAAGAUCUGGCCUCAAAAAGGUAGAUAGCCCCUGAAGAAUGGCACCCAAGGCCUCCUCUUAAACACACACACACACACACACACACACGUACACACACACACACACACACACAACCCCACAGACAAAGCUGUCACUGCACUAAAGCUCUUGGUCCCCCAAGAGCAAGGAGGCAGAAUAGGAAGGCUCUGUGAGCACUAAAGUCCCAAGAGGACCCACAUUCUCAUGCUGAGGCUCUUUAGGCCACCUUUUAGUGCAGAGGAGCGACACAGAUUUGUUAUUACUGAUUUUAGUGAUCUAUUUCAAUGGCUAAGAAGUUGUGAAAAUUUAAAUUUGAGGCUUUUAUUUACUAUAUCUGUGGACCAAUAAACAUUGUUAGCAUCAACUCCCCAUAGAGUUUCUUAUAUGAGAAUGAAGCUCAGCCUUUUCGGUUAUAGUUUUCUGAGUUCUGACACAAUGUAGCAGUGUGCUGAGCACCAUCACAAACAAGACACAGGACGGUUGCAGCACCCUGUACCCCUUUUCCCUUGAGUGAGGAGAUCCUUCCCUCAUCGCCACCCCCAUGCCACAGCCCUCUGUUUUCUGUUCCUGCAUUCUUCAUGAUUGGGAGAGUUGGAAGCCCUUAGAGUUGGACUGCUUCCAGAGGAUUGCCCCUGCCAUCUGUGGGUCCAUCCGAGUUGUUGGGCACAUCCUAGCCCACUCCUCUUCACUGAUAAAACAAGCUUUUAUAGAGUUAGACUGUUACAGAGUUUUACUCACUGACAUGUAAAGUUUUUUGUCUAUUGGAGACAAUAACCAAUUAUUGUCUAUCUCUAAAAACUGUUGUGGACAUGGAAUGAUAUUUCAUUUCUCUUGGGUAAGCAUUAGGAGUAAGAUGGUAAAGUCAUUAUAUUCUACUUUAUAAGAAACCUCAUUCUGUUUUCUAAAGUGUCUACAGGAUUUGGCAUUCCCAUCAGCAAUGGUGAUAGGCUGGGUUGCUCCACAUCCUUAGCACUUACAUUGUCAGCCCUUUGGGUGUUUGUUUUUAUAUUAGCCAUUCUAAUUGGCAUGUAGUAUCUGAGCAUGCUCCAACUUACAGGCUGGGAUUUAGCAUAUUUUCAUAUUUGCUCACCCUGCCAUCCCUAAACUGAGUGUGUUCAGAUCUUUCAGCAAUGGUAACUUGUUUUCCUACUGACUUUGUAUGUGCUUGGGAUUUAUCUCCCCAGCACUUCUUGGUGACCUUUGAAGUCCUGUUAUUUACUGAACACAAAAGUACACAGGUUUGUAAAACUUGUCUAAUUUUUAUUGGAAAAAAAUUUCGAUCAUGUUUUCCCCUCUCCCAAUUCCUCUCAAAUCCUACCCAGCCAACUUUAUGUUCUUCAAAAAAAAAAAAAAUCAAAACUAGGGCUGGAGAGAUGACUCAGUGGUUAAGAGCACUGGCUGCUCUUCCAGAGGUCCUGAGUUCAGUUCCCAGCACUCACAUAGUGGCUCACAACCAUCUAGAAUCGGAUUUGGUGCCCUCUUCUGGAAUAAAGGCAUGCAUGCAAAUAGAGUACUCGUAUACAUAAAAGAAAUUGAUAAACCUUAAAGAAAAAGAAUAAAAAUCCUUCCUGGACCAAAAUAUUCUUUUAGGGCUGGAGGGAUGGCUCAGAAGUUAAGAGCUGUGCUCUUUCAAAGGUCCAGGCGUCAGUUCUUAGAACCCACAGGGCAGCUCACAACUGCCUGUAACUCCAGUUCCAGGGGACCCAAAACUGAUGUCAAAACACAAAUGCACAUAAAAUAAAAAUAAAUUAAUUAAUUUUAAAAAUAAAAAGCACACAAGCACAAGACCAAUAAGACAAAAAAAGAGAGUCCAAACAAAGCAAAUUGAAACAAAAAUUUCCCCCCAAAAAAUAGCACUGAGUUUGUUUUGUGUUGGGGAAUUGCUCUGGGUGUGGGCCUGCCAUAGAGUGUGGUUGACUUAUCCAGUGAGACUCCAUUGGCAAAAAGUGAUUUUCCCUUUGCCAAUGGGUAUCGAUUUCAAAUAUCUUCCUGGUUGGGGUGGACCCCCAUGUCCAUUUCCCCCUCUCACUGCUGGGACCCCAGUGUGGCUUCAACCUGUGCAGGCCACAGCCACUGUGACUACAUAUGUGUGCCCUGAGCAGACCACACACUGUGACUACAUACAUGAAACCUGUGCAGGCCACAACCACUGUGACUACAUACAUGUGUCCUGUGCAGGCCACAGCCACUGUGACUGCAUGCAUGUGUCCUGUGCAGGCCACAGCCACUGUGACUCCAUGCAUGUGUCUUGUGCGGGCCACAGCCACUGUGACUGCAUACGUGUGUCCUGUGCGGGCCACAGCCACUGUGACUGCAUACGUGUGUCAGUCCUGUAGUACCUGGAAGACACAGCUUGCUCAGACUCAUGCAUCCACUUUGGCUAUUACACUCUUUCUACAUAUUUUUCCACGUACUUUCCUGAGCCCCGAUGGGAAGAAUUGAGGAAAAUGUCACGUUCAGGACAAAGCACUCCACAGCCUGCCAAUCUGUGCACACCGCCCAGUUGUGAGUCCCUGUCAUGAGUCCCCCUACUGCUGAAAGGAACUCCUCUGGUUGCGGGAUCUGUGGGUAUAGUGAAGGGCAUCAGGAGUCAUUUCAUAACUAUGCUCCUUUAGCAAAUAUUAGUCCAAAGUUUUUCCCUAGGCAGGUGACAUAUCCAGUCUCAGGUUCUUGGUUGCUUUAACAGUGUUGUUUUAGCAGUGUUGGUCAUUCCCAUCAAAUCUGUGCCAUGUACACCUAGAUGUCUUGCAGGCUGGUCACUGCUGUGGCUCACAGGGCCAGUAACUGGGUGAGGUUGAUGACUGGGUUUCUUCUCCAGUAGCCUGCAGAGUGCUUUCCAAUACCCUGAGUGCUGGUCAUGGAAUGAAGCUUCUGCUUAGGUGCCAGCUCUGGGUUUAAAGAGACAUUAGUGUUGUCGUCAUCACUAGGAUGCAGAGAGCAAUCGAUGGCCUUGGCAAUAGCCUGUGAUCUUUUUAUUUUAUAUGUUACUUGGUCUUUAUCCUUUGUAACUUUUAAUAUCUUUUCUAUGUUCUAUAAAUUAGUGUCUUGAUUAUUAUGUGGUACUAUCUAAUUGGUGUUCUGUAUGUUUCUUAUAUCUUGACAGACACCUCCUUCUUUUGAGUGGGAAAUUUUCCUUUUAUCAUUUUACUAAAAAUAUAUCCUAUGUCUUGGACCUGUGUUUCUUCUCCUUCUCUAUCCCUAUUAUUCAUAGGUUUGGUAUUUUCAUAGUGUCUCAGUUUUCUGGAUGUUUUUGCUUGAUUUUUUUUUAUUUAAGAUUUACCACUUUCUUUGACUUUGCUGUCCAUUCCUUCUGCCUUGUCAGCACCUGAAAUUCUCUUUUCCUUGUCUUGUACUCUGUUGGCAAGACUUACCUCUGAGGUUUUUGUUUGACAUCGUAAGUUUUUCAUUUCCAGUUUUACUUUAGUUUUGGUUUUCUUUAGUGAUUCUGUAUCUACUUUCAGGCCCUAAAAUGUUUUCAUUAUUUCAUUCCACUGUUUGUUCAUGUUUUCAUAAUCUUUAUUGAGGGACUUAUUCAUAACUCAUUAAGGUCUUUGAACAUACUCAUAAUAUUUUGAAGUCCUUAUCUUGUGCUUAAGCUAAAUUGCAGAGACUGGGGUCUUAUGAUGGGGUUGCUGGCUUCUGAAGGAGGCAUGUUGCCUUGCCUGUUUGCUUUUGUGCUUUUGUGCUGCGAUCUCAGCAUCUAGAAUUACAACAUUUUACGUGUUUCUUGGUGUAGACAUCAGAUCUUGCCUUUGUUGGGUGGGGAUUCUGUUCCUUUUUUUUUUUUUUUUUUUUUUUUUUUACUCUGGAUCCAGUGUUAGUGUGGUGGCUACAGGGUUCCUGGUAGAGAAUGCUCCAAGGUCCAGGGGUCAGUGGGGGUCACAGAGGGAUGGAGACAGGCUAGAAGCAAAGGCUGAAAGGGCAACAGGAAAGAGUUAGGUCUGCACCUACAGACAGAGUUGCCAGGGAAUCAAAAGGUGUCCAUUUUGAAGGCAAAGAAGCCAGGUGAAAAGAAAAUUCAAAGGUUUCAGCAUAUUUUGUAAACAUCCACUAUUAGGAAAAACUAAAACUUUACAACUUUUCAUUCUUUAGAAAUGUAUGCUCCGCAUGGGAUGUACUCACUCAUAUUUGGUUUCUAGCCAGAAAUAAAGGACAUUGAGCCUAUAAUUCGGGUUCUUAGAGAAGCUAAAUAAGAAGGAGAACCCAAAGAAAAUCAUAUAGGCAUCCUCCUGAAUUUUAACCUUCAUCAGGCGAUGAAAGGAGACAGAGACAGAGACCCACAUUGGAGCACUGGACUGAAAUCUCAAGGUCCAAAUCAGGAGCAGAAGGAGAGCGAGCACGAGCAAGGAACUCAGGACCGCGAGGGGGGCACCCCCACACUGAGACAAUGGGAUGUUCUAUCGGGAACUCACCAAGGCCAGCUGGCCUGGGUCUGAAAAAGCCUGGGUUAAAACAGGUCUCACUGAACAUAGCAGACAAUGAGGACUACUGAGACCUCAAGAACAAUGGCAAUGGGUUUUUGAUCCUACUGCAUGUAUUGGCUUUGUGGGAGCCUAGGCAGUUUGGAUGCUCGCCUUACGAGACCUGGAUGGAGGAGGGUGGUCCUUGGACUUCCCACAGGGCAGAGAACCCUGAUUGCUCU